AUGUAAAGUUCAGUGUCUCUCAACACUGGUCUUCAGGCCCCACUGUACCAGCUGGUGAUGCUCACGUUAGCUGCCCUGUCAUGGACUCGGGGCUCGGUAUCAGCGGGAAGGAGUUGUACCGAGACUCGGCAGGUGUACGCAGAGAAGGGCUACAGCACAAUUACCGCUCCUCUUACUCAAAUCUCUGGUGAGCACCUCCGCCUGUGCCCACAGGACUACACCUGCUGCUCAAGUCAGAUGGAGGAAACACUGGCCCACCAAAGCGAGAGUGACUUCCUGUCCGCCAUCGAGGACACCAGCCAGUUCUUGCUGACCACCUUUACCCAGAGGCACCGCAAGUUUGAUGAGUUUUUCCGGGAGCUCAUUGACUUGUCAGAGAAAUCCAUGAAUCAGAUGUUCACCAAGACUUAUGGCCGACUAUUCACCCAGAACGCCCAAGUCUUCCAGGAGCUGUUUGUGGAGCUGCGCAGAUACUACUCUGGGGGCAGUGUGAGCCUGUCCGAGGUGCUGACAGACUUCUGGUCUAGACUAGUGGAGCGUGUUUUCUCCCUGGUCAACCCCCAGUACCAGUUCAGUGAGGAGUACCUGGAGUGUGUCAGCAAACACGCAGAGCAGCUGCAACCCUUCGGGGACGUGCCUCGAAAACUGCGGGUUCAGGUGUCCAGAGCAUUCAUAGCUGCUAGAGCCCUAGCACAAGGGCUAGCUACGGGGCGUGACAUUGUCAACAAAGCAGCCAAGCUGAGUCCCAGCACAGAGUGCUCCCGAGCAUUGAUGCGUCAGUGGUACUGCCCACUCUGCCGAGGCUUCCCCUCCCUGAGGCCCUGCCACUCCUUCUGCCUCAACGUGAUGAAGGGCUGCCUGGCCAAUCAGGCAGACCUGGACACGGAAUGGAACAAUUUUAUUGACGCUCUGUACCAGGUGUCUGAGAAGCUUGAGGGGCCCUUCAACAUGGAGCUGGCGGCAGACUCCAUCUCUGUCAAGGUGUCCGAGGCCAUCAUGCACAUGCAGGAGAACAGCAUCACCACCUCCACCAAGGUGUUCCAGGGCUGUGGUAACCCCAGGCCCGCCCCGGGGCGGUCCAAGCGCUCACCCCAAGAGCCGGGGGCCAACAGGAGACCCUUCCGUACCUACACCCCAGAGGAGAAGCCCACCACCGCCGCAGGCACCAAUCUGGACCGACUGGUCUCCGACCUAAGAGAGAGGCUGAGGCCCAUGCGGGGCUUCUGGGUCUCUCUCCCACACACCAUCUGUAACGACCAGAACAUCGCCACCGACGUCACCAACGAGGAGCGCUGCUGGAACGGACAGACCAGAGGAAGGUACCUCCCUGAUGUGACGGGUGACGGUCUGGUCAGUCAGAUCAACAACCCAGAGGUGGAGGUGGACAUCGCCAGGCCAGAUGUGAGGACCAGACAGCUGAUCAUGGAGCUGCGAGUGGCCACCAACAAGCUGAGACACGCCCAGGCUGGUCAGGACACGGACUUUGUGGACAGUGAGGAGGGCAGCGGUUCUGGGGGAGGAGACAAAGGCGAGAGAUACAGCGAUGAUUGGCCAGACAACGGGCCCUACUCUCCGCCCUACAGCAAGCCCCCACGAGUGCCCACACCCCCCCUCAAGCCCCCCCGCGUGAGGGAACGCAAUGGAUCCAAGUGGAACAAAAACAAAGCUAGGUCUUCCAGCUCACGGCCAACAUUCUCUUUUAUUGUUCUGUUCUCUUUGUGUUUUAUGGUGACUGGGGCCCCCGUGUGGAGAUAGCAAGUUACUACAGCAAGACGAGUGGAGAAAGCGUGUUUCGUGUAGUUGGGUUUUUUAAGCACACUUUUUGGGGGGGGCAGGAUCAAGGGGUCAUUCCACGAAAAGUGGAACUUUGUGUCCUUUUAACAGAUUUGAGAAACGUUUUCAAUUCACAUGUAGGGUUAGGGCAGGAUAAUAUGGAGUUUCUAUUAUAAUAAAGCACAAGGGUUAUGAUCCAGUUAAAGUUUUUUUAAGACCGCUUUUACACAACAUGGACAUU